UUUAAUUUUCUUUAUUCGUACUCGGUCAUUUUCGACCCAGUAAGAUAUAGCUUACUUGGUGCUAGGGAUGUCUUUGCUGUUCAUUGGAGAUUCUCAUAUAGCUCGGUUUGAGGCGUAUAUUGAUAAAUUGCAAAGCUAUGAUCCAUUUGAUAUUAAUUCGGCAAUUGAUGUAAGGUUCUGCGGAAUAAGUGGUGGCUGUAUAACAAACUCGAAUCAUGUACAGCUUUUUCAAGAUUCGUUAGUGAAGCACAAUCCAGACUAUGUUGUUAUGUUCAUCGGUGGUAACGACAUUGAUUCACUAGGCUCUAAUGCAUUAAAUGCAGAGACCAUAGCAUUACGAAUUGUUUCAAUUGCUCAACUUUUCUUACGUCGCAACAGUUUGAAACAUAUUAUUAUUUGCCAAUUAAUUCCAAGGCAACACACCCGCCACAUCCCAGUGUAUAUAUACAAUGAAUUACUGAGAGAAGCAAACAAGGCAACACACCCGCCACAUCCCAGUGUAUAUAUAUACAAUGAAUUACUGAGAGAAGCAAACAAGGUAUUUAAACGAGAACUUGUUGGAAAUGAAUAUUUAACAUACUGGAAUUUGAAAGGAAUGAAACAUUCUGAGGCAAAUAUUUUACAGAGGGAUGGUGUUCAUUUCAACAAUCUUGGAUAUGAAAAAUUUUGCCGCAAUGUGAGAGGAAUAAUUUUGAAGUGCAUUACAGAUAUGUAAUUCAUGCAUGUACAUUGUUUGUCUUCAGGAGUGGAAGCAAUCCAUAGUGGUAGAUACUGUAUUCUAAUUGGUGGCACAUCUGUGUAUAUAUUAUCAUAUAGCAGUAAGUAUAGCUAUAACAUGCCACCCAGAAAAAGACAAAAAACAGCUAAGGCUGCUGCAGCCGAGGAAGCUGCUAAAACCAAACGAGGACCUAAACCAGUUGAGCAGGUUACGGAAGCUAUCACAUCCAAUUUAUCGGAUAAAGACUUGAAUACAAUUAUAUCAAAUGUUGUUCCUGCUGUCACACAAGGUGUAUUACAGGUAUUAAAAGACUUGAAGGUAAUACCGCCUGAAAAUCCUCAGAAUCAAAACUUCGAAGAAGAACAGUUACCUUUGCCCACGCAGAGCUCUUCAGCAUCUGUACCAACACCAUUGUUGGCAGCUUCGGGUACGAAUCCAAAUUCUGCUACAUUUUUGCGUCCACUUUUUCUUGGUAUUGAUGAAAAAAUAAAAUCUAAGAUUGUAGCAGAUCAGUUUGUGGAGUUAGACUCCAUAUUAGAUAAAGGUGAUUAUCAAUAUCAGUUAGUCGAAAAUGGCAGUGGGGAACCUUCGUUCAAGAAAGUUUUUAAAUCGUCAACCAGUAUUAAAACGCUGGAUCAAUGGUUCAAGGCAUUCCAUAUUUUUACAAGUGUUUACACAGACAGACACCCAACGUCUGCUCCUGCUUUAAUGAAACAUUGCGACACAGUUCAUAAACUUGCAAAGCAAUCAGGGGAUUCCGCUGCCAUUUUUUAUGAUAGACAAUUUCGUCUCUUAAAAGAAGCUAGGUCGGCUUCGAUUUCAUACGGGGAAAUCGAUACUCAAUUGUACACGCAGGCACUGGCCAUGGGGUUAAUUAAACCAAAACAAAAACAGUCCUUUCUUGGCGCAAGAUCCAAACAAAACAAAUCGUGUUUUGAUUUCAACAACGGGUCUUGUACUAGAAAAUUGUGUACCUUUCAGCACAGAUGUCAAAAAUGCUCCGGUCCACAUGGACGAAUUGUAUGUUCUAAAAAGCCAGCCCAAAAGGAACAAUCAAAUUUCAAGUCGAAGAACUGAUGAUGAAACCCCAUGCACAGUGCCUGCAGUCUUAAAUUAUAAGGCUACUCAUAUUGUUACACCUAUUAAUUCUGAUAAGCUACGAUACUGGCUCCAAGGGUACGACUUGAAAUUAACAGAAUAUUUGGUGAAUGGUUUCAAACAGGGCUUUAAAAUACCUUUUACAGGUACUCACCAUAAUACAUUUCCUGGGAAUUUAAAGUCUGCGACUGAAAAUUUAGAGGUCUUAAAACUUAAAAUCGCUGUGGAAAUUGAUGCGGGUCGUGUUGCGGGUCCUUUCAACGAACCACCUUUUAGCAACUUCAUGAUUUCACCUCUGGGUUUAGUACCAAAGCAGGAACCCGGUGAAUUUCGUGUCAUACAUCAUUUAUCUUUUCCAGAAGGUCAAUCUGUUAAUGCUGGAAUCCCAUCUGAAUUGUGCUCUGUUCAAUAUCAAAAUAUUGAUGAUGCAGUAGAACUUGUGAAAACUAUUGGACCUGGUGCGCUUCUGUCAAAAAUUGAUGUCCAAAAUGCAUUUAAAAUCAUUCCAAUUGCACCACACAAUCACUUUUUGCUGGGGUUUUGCAUAGACAACAAAUAUUACUAUGACAAAACUUUACCGAUGGGUCUCAGUUUUUCAUGCAGUUUGUUCGAACAAUUCAGCUCAGCAAUCCAUUGGAUAGCUGAAAACAAACUUCAAAUUCCAGGAUGUGCACAUAUUUUGGAUGAUUUUUUAUUUGUAUCUUCACAAGAUUAUGACACUGCCUUGAAUAACCUGACCCAUUUCCUGGAUUUUGCUAAGCAGAUAGGCCUUCCUCUUAAGACACAAAAAACUGUUCUCCCUUGCACUACCAUAUGCUUUGUAGGUAUUGAGUUGGACUCUGUUGCGAUGGAGAAGCGCCUUCCUUUAAGUAAGCUCCAAAAAAUUCGUGUUGCAUUGGACACCUUUCAGAAUAGGAGAAGGGCUACAUUAAAAGAAUUACAAUCCCUUAUCGGACUGCUGUCAUAUGCUUGUUCUGUUGUUACCCCAGGUCGUACCUUCCUUCGCCGUUUAAUAGAUUUAACUCUGGGUUUAAAAAAGCCACAUCAUAAGAGACGGCUCACAAAAGAAGCUAGGGCCGAUUUGAAAGCAUGGUCAAUUUUUGUAGAACAUUUUAAUGGCAAAUGCCUGUUUUUUUCAGAUAGAUGGGUAGAUUCAACUGUACUGUGUCUGUACACAGAUUCGUCUAACAUAGGCUUUGGGGGUUACUUAGGAAAUUACUGGUUUGCCGAAGAAUGGCCAAAAACAUGGUAUAACUUACACAUUUCUCUCAAAGAGCUGUUUCCAAUUGUGUUGGCGUUGGAGUUUUGGGCACCUAAGAUGCAAAACAAAUGUAUCAACUUUUUUUGUGACAAUAUAGCAGUUGUAGGCUUGAUAAAUAAACAAACAUCUCGGGACCCAAAUAUUAUGUGCUUGGUCAGAAGAUUAGUUUUACAGUGUUUGAAAAAAAACAUCUUGUUUAAAGCCACACAUCUUCCUGGUGUUACUAAUGUAUUAGCUGAUAAACUCUCUCGACUUCAGAUAGACGAUUUUCUGGAAAUGUGCAAAUAUCAACCACUCAAGCGCCAGCAUGUAACAAAAGACAGUUUCACCAUUUAGUUGGUUUGGUUUCGCAUUUGGUACACAGCGCUUUAUCCCCAUCCACACACACUGUCUACCAGAGAGCUUUUGAUGUUUAUCAGGAAUUUUUGGCACAAACUUUUAACAGUCAGUAUGGUGUGCCUGUAGAUAGAGACCAUCUGUUAUUAUUUAUAGCUUUCUGUUUUAACAAACAAUUAGCAGCAUCCACAGUAUCAACAUAUAUCUCUGCACUUGGCAAUUUUAUGAAAUUGAAAAACUUGCCAGAUGUUACACAAUUGUUUUUAGUCAAAAAAGCAUUGCAAGGUUAUCAUAAUUUAGUUCCUAAAACGGACACACGGUUACCAAUCACAAAUGAAAUAUUGCAUAACUUAAUACGGUCACUGGACGCUGUUUGCAAUUCGCAAUUCUUACGUAUACUGUUAACGGCCAUGUAUUUAUUGGCCUUUCAUGCUUUCCUUCGAGUUGGAGAAUUCACUUCUUCCUCUCCGGAAUCGUAUAUUAUAGGAGUAGAACAUGUGACAUUCAAUCGUUUUCAUGGCGAACUAAAUAGCUUUGACUUGGUUUUGAAAAACUAUAAAUAUAGUCGAGGCAAGACUCAUAAACUACAUAUACCAUGUUGUCACCAUGAAUUGAAUAUGUGUCCAGUACAUGCAUUGUACUCGUAUUAUACAUUACGUAACCCUCCACCAGGCCCACUGUUUUCAUUUUUUGAUAAUAGUCAAGUGACAAGAUCGUUCUUUUGUACCAAGCUUCAAAUGUCACUCACUUGGGCAGGUUAUAGUACUGACUUUUACAAAGGUCACAGUUUCCGCAUUGGUGCUGCAUCGCAAGCAGCUUUCUCGGGAGUUCCAGAGGAAAAAAUUCGACUUAUGGGCAGGUGGUCUUCAAACGCUUUUAAAAAGUAUAUUCGCAUUCCUAUGGGAGAACAAUCCAAUGGGACCAAAGCUUCAGCAAAAUAGUUACAUCAUGGUCACAAAAGUGAUGGGGUCAAGGGUCUCUCACCUUGUGAUUAUCAUGUUAACAAUAUUCUUCAGUUCUCCUCUUAAAACUAAUACCAGUAUUGCCAUGGGUUUGAGAAAUCCUACACCUUUGUUUGGGGUGGAUGAUUGUUUUAAUAUUUAGUUUCCUUAUGGUUGUGAUUUGUAUUGCUAGUGGUGCGAUGGGGUCAUGGGUCUCUCGCACUUGAGUUAUCAUGUCUCAGGUACAUAAAGUUUAUGAGCAGGUAAUUUUUCAUGUUUUUGUAUGAAUUAUUUAUACUUUGCUUUGUGUCAUUGGUUACUCACCUCUUUUCCAAUUUUAUCAGUAUUAUUAUUAUAUUAUUUUUGAAAAAUUUCUGCAUGUUAUAGGUUGUAACACUUGAGUAAGGUUGAUAAAUAAAUAUACACUCACUUUCUUCGGAUGGGGUUAUUGCUAAUAACUUAAUAAAUGAAAUCCAUUUAUUAUGUUUUUGCAAUAUAUGGCAUAAAGGUUAGAUCCCCACCUUUGAUGAUGCAUAGUAACUGUUAAUAUUUGUCUUCUCUUGAUAAAACUAGUCACCUAUCACAUAUUAUGUAUGAUGCUGUAACAGAACCAUUUAUUGUUUACUGUGUUUUCAAAUUCGUCAUUUACAUAUUAAAUGACAGAUUUCAAUCAAA